UAUCGCAAUAUUUGUGACAAAUGGAUUCUACCGCGGAUCCUGUAAAUGUAGCUGUAGCCGAGCUGGUCGGUAUGGCCGAUAUGCUUCGAAGAAUCAGAGAAUCUUGCUGGACUAAAUGCAUUGCCGGAGUAAAGGACUCGCGUAUGGACGCUGGCGAGCAGAGCUGUGUUGACCGUUGCGUAAAUAAAUUUCUGGACGUUCACCAAAUGGUUGGAAAUCGUCUACAGGAGGCAUCUAAAAAUGGACAACUUUAAAUA